AUGGCUGGUGACUUUGUUCCAGAAUCUGAGCUCAACUUGAAGGGCUGGCAGAAAUAUUUCAAUAGCUACACACUUAGAGGAAGAUUCAAUAUUGUAGCAGCAACAUAUGGCUCUCUAUUUGCUUCUGUCAUCCUGUACAAGAUAUUCAAGAGGAAACCCAAAGCUGUAGCAGCAGCUAAAUGA